AUUAGUUAGUCUGAAAAAGAUUGUGCAGUUAAACCUCCAGUGGAAUAUGUUGAGGUGACUGACCAAGCUGUGAAGUUCCUGGCUAAAAAAAAGCUCAUGUUUUCUGUUGUUUUUUGAGGCCUUAAAAAAAGCUUCCUUUGAACAGCGUGUAAUCCCAGUGAGAAGCUGCAUUUUCUCAGAAGCUAAGCUAUUAAUUAAAGUCAGCUUUAUGUUGACAUGGAAAAGUAUUGUUAAAACACCAGUAGUUAAAGUUUAAAGUCUCCAGUUCACUUGAUUAUUAUUACUUUUGGACCUAUAGUUAAAGCAACACAGUUUUUGUCGAGAGGGAAAUAAUAACUUUGUGGUUAGUGCUAAUUAGCAAAUGUUACCACGCAAACAAGAUGCCAAACUGUGAUGGUAAACAUAGUGAACAUUAUACCUGGUAGGGUCUGUACUUUGUUUAUCAGAGUAGGGGGUGGCUGUGGUGUUACUUUGGGUUUUUUAUGUAUCAUGACCCUCCCCAGAGAUACAAGUAUUUUUUUAAGCCUUCCUGAGUGACUGGAGAAAAACAUAACCCCUCCCUCGACCAAAAAUAACCAUAUUGCACAAUUUCUGGCCUUUAUGAAUAAUGUGAUUUUGGAGAUUUUCUCCCCUAAGCGAAAUCAAAAAACAGAACCUCCUCCCUAGAACUAAAAAAAUAUUUGAAAUGCCUCCCUUGUUUUGCACCAACCCCUCCCCUCUCACAAGUAACGAACAGUCUCCUAAACAUUAGCAAAUUAGCAUUAUCAUUGUGAGCAUGUUAGCCCUGUGUGAAAAAAUUGCAGCAUCCUCAUUCAUUUGAAUUUGGCCAGUCCACCAGUAGGCCUACAGCUGGGCUGCUAACGUAGAGGCUGUGGUUUUAAAAAAAAACAAAAAAAAACAGAGUGGUCUGGCCAAAAAGUUGUUCCUGGCUCAACUUUUGCUAGACUGCCUUGACUUGUGACAUCUUGUCUCACUUGAUAGAGCUAUGUUAAUUACAGUUUCGCUCUCUUCAGUCGUUUUGCUAAACAAGCCUAAACACGUGAAUUUUAAAAUGUGUUGCUGAAUCAUUUCUUAAAGUUCUGGUUUCAGUAAAUUGUUUUGUCUGCAAUGGCAUUUAUUUUCUUCACAUGGACACCUUCUAAAGUCUUCAGUCUAAUAAUCCUCUUUCCUACAGUGAUACUGACUCCAACAUGGAGUAUGCGUGGGAUGAAGAUAUCUUUCUUGAUCUAUCCGUGGGGGAAUUUCAAUUUAGUGACAGAGGGGAGGAUUAUGUCCCGGAUCCCAGUCGCAUCAAGAUCAGUAAAACCAUCAAUUCAUGCCCAGUCCAACCCUCCCAAGAAUGUUGUGCAAGGGGCUACAAUGAUAGUGGCAGAAAGCUCUGUAUGUACUAUGGCACCACCAGGGAGAAUGCUCAAUCCAUUCUGUCCAACGGUUUUCACCAGUCUGCAGACGGGAUGCUUGGCCGUGGCAUCUACCUCAGCACAGAGCUGAAAAAAGCUAAACGCUAUCCCAUUGGUCACCCUGAGUCUGACAAGGUUGUCAUUCAGGUUAAGGUCAAUGUGGGGAAAGUGAUCUCAAUCAAAUAUCAAGGCCACCCUCGUCAGAAAAACUGGCAUGACUCCAGAUAUGGCUUGGUGUAUGACACCGCCUGGGUGCCACCUAGGUGUGGAAUCUUGAAGAGUGGUUCAGAGGACAGUUGUGUCUGGGAUCCCAGUCGAAUCCAGAUCAUUAAAAUCAUCGAUCCAUGCCCAGUCCAGCCCUCUGAUGAAGGUGGUGCAUGGACCUGUGCAUUUUUGUGUAUUAUUAUAUUUUUAUGGAUUUUCUUCAUAUUUAGGUUGUAAGUUAAUGACAUUUGCAUUUUGUCAUUGUAAUCUGGAAUAUAAAUGGUUCAUAUUUAAUCUGUGUCAGUUUGGUUAUGUUAAAGACAGUGUGAUGAGUAUAUUUUUAUUUCAUUGUUGGGGUGAUGUGACUGCUGUUGUUAUUGUCAUAUAAAGUAAUCUUAGUAUGUGUUUGCGUAUAACCAAGACUAAAUGUAACAUGUAUGUAGUAAAACUUUUAAAAUGAAUGGCCAAAGUUAUUGUAAUGUAUGAAAUAUACCUAGAUGCCACGAUCAUGUACACCUAGAGAUGUAAUCCAUGUUAUGCCCAGGUGGCACCGUGGCUCCAUUAUUAACAAUGUCAACUCAACAAGCAGGUCCUGGAUGAAUAGAGUUGAGAACUGGUUGUUACUAGUUAUCACCAGAUAUUAAUAAACAGUGUUUA